AUGGAUGAUAUUGUAGAAUGUUAUUGUGGGGACGAUGAAGAAGAUGGCUUAAUGCUUUGUUGUGAACAAUGCAAGAAAUGGCAGCAUGCUCAAUGUGUUAACAUCAAUAAAUUCACAGAACCACUUCAUUACGUUUGCCCAACUUGUAAAGGUAUCAAAAUUGGAUGUAAAUGCGGAUAUGAAGCAGAUUAUCAAAAGUCACUCAUUAUGUGUGUAAUUUGUCACAAAUAUUUCCAUAAAAGACAUGUAAAUCUCGGAUUCGGACCAAAUCCAUCAGUUUAUGUAUGUCCUGACUGCUCAAAAGGGGAAUUCAGAUACACAGAAGAUGAAAUCAAUCCAUUACCAUCGUUUUUACCUCAUUUAAACGCUCCAAUUUACAUUAAACCAAUUUCUGAGAUAAAUCCACCAAUUCCUAAAGGUCCAUUAUACGACAAACUAUCAGAAAUACCACAAAUUUCAUCCGUUGGAGCAAUUUGUGCAUAUAUUUAUUCAAAUUUCAGAUCAAUAAUUUUCUUAUCUCAUCCAACAAUCGAAUUUUUUAAGAUCAAAAAAUACAAAAUGUCCAAAAAAGCUCAAAUCUCGUGGAAUUUCGUAUGUACAAUGAUUAGAGCAAUAGAAUUCAUGACAAUGACUCCAAAACAACAAAUUAUACAGAUGCUUGACCAUUUGAUUUAUUUAGACAUCUACAAAGUCCCCACAUCUGAACUGAACAGAAUUCCUGUCAACAGAUUCAUUUCAGAAUGCCCAGAUUUAGAUAAUGCAUAUGAUUACACCGAAAGAGCUGAAGAUGACUUCCUUGAUGAGAACCCAGAGUUCGAAGCCAUCCAAUUAAACUCAUUUGGCUACAAACCAUUGAGAAUUGUCGCUGGAAAUAACGGAAUGAGAACUGUCAUCACGGAAAAGGAAAUAAAGGCUGGAGAAUUAAUCUUUCCUGUAUAUGGAAAUCUUUAUCUUAUGGAAGAGAUCGACAGAAGCUCCACAACUCCGAAAUUAGAAAUUUACAGAAUUAGUCAAACAGAAAUCGCACUUGAUACGACAGAAUUCACUCAGUUCAACAUAUUCCAACAGAUACGACGUGGAUUUGUCUCAAAUUGUACGAUUUUGCCCUUUGAUAUCGGAGAUAACAGAUAUCUUGGUAUUUUUGCGACCAAACCGAUCCCAAUGCCAUUACUGAGCCUUAACAACACCGAUGAUACCUAUGUUAUUCCUCCUGGAUCCGAAUUAGUUUUGCCAUUUGAUAUAUCUCCAGUGAAACUGAAUCUAAACGCAACCUGGACCACGGAAUCAGUUGACUGUCCAACAAUAGAGCCGUCAGUGCUUCUCCAGCCUCAAAUUUCAAAAGUCAGAGAACUUCUCGACAAAGGCCAACAAAAGAAGCGACCAGAGCACAAAAAACAAGAAAGACCAAAAGAUGUAAACACUUUGAAGUCGCUUUUCAAAGGUCCGUUUUAUAUCGACAUAGAACUUGAGAGCGAAGACGAAAAUAUGGAUGUUCCGAAGCUCUCUGAAGAUCUCCCUGCGCAGCUAUCACAUUUUGCGCCACCAGGAAGAAAGUCUUGGUUGAGAUGUGAAGAAAUUCAACGGCCAUCGAUCAAUAUUUCCCAUCUAUGGUUCCAGAAUACUGAAGCAACGAAGGUGGAGACACAAAAUAUUGUUCCAAAGAAAGCCGUUGCUUUGAAACCAAAACCAGCUGUUGCUUGGACUGUUCCUGAGGAAGGGUUCGUAGAAGUUUCUGAUUACUGCUUACCUCCUGGUAUAUAA